AUGAAGCGCCCCGCGGCCAAAACCACGUCCCCGCGUCCACGGACGCUCGGCGCGCCCAAAAGCGAGUUGUCGGUGGUGCCCUCCGACGCGUUCUAUGCGGCGAGUCGGGCGAAGUGGCGCAGCUGGCUGGGCAAAAACUUCAAAUCCAAGAGUUAUGCGGCCUGGCCCAGCCUGCCUGGCCUGGUUUGGUUGGUCGUCCCAAAGAAGGAGUCCAAGCUGCCAAGCGUGCGCUACAAUGACGCGGUGGAGGAGGCCUUGUGCUUCGGCUGGAUCGACAGCACCUACCGCCCCCUGAGUAGCACUCUGGGGAUGCAGCGCUACACGCCGCGGCGGAAGAUUUCGGAGAACUACUCGCAGCCCAACGUGGAGCGUUUGCAAUGGCUGGAUCGAAAGAAGUUGAUCCAUCCGGAGGUGAGGCCAAAGAUUGCCCAUGUGCUGAAGGCCAAGUUUAAGUGGCCCAAAGAUAUCGUUUCGGCACUGGAGAAGGAGCCGGCCGCGCGCCGUUGUUGGCGCAGCUUUAGCGGCUCCUACCGCCGCAUUCGCGUGGCCUGGGUGGAACAGAAGCGCAAUGUGGAGCCUCAGGAGACCAAGGGGUACCGACAUCGACAAGUUCUACUGAGAGCAUGUUAUGUGCUGGCACUCUUCGGUGUCUUCACAUCUGUCUCCGCUCCGGCCAGCAUGCCGGACAUCAACUUCAUCUUCCAGAUCAGUUGGACCGUGCUACGUGUCCUCGCCACGGUCUGCGGGGGCGCUUUGAUGGGCUUUGCAGCCGGCUGUGCCAUCAGAUAUCGUGGCAAGGUCAUGUAUGAUGACCGCCCCGUCUUCAACGAUUCAGCCGUGGAAUCCUUCCUGAUUCUGCUGGGCAUCGCCUUGAUUGCCUAUGGUCUGGGCGGAAACUCGAUGUCUAUCUUCAGUAUGGGUCCCUUGUUCCAUCCUGAGCUGAUGGUCAUCGUCACAGGAUCCACCUUCGCGUGGUACUGUGAUACUCACCACCAGGAGUGCUUCAAGGUCCUUGAACAGGUGGACACUGCCAUGGGUGGAGUCUGGGUCUUCGGACAGCUUGUGCUCUUCACCAUGAUUGGCAGCAAGACCAGUUUUUCCAUUUUCCCAGAUGUCACCACAGUCUUGCCAAUCAUGGCCAUUGGACUCUUGGUGCGUUUUGUCGGAGUCAUGGCCUCCAUGCUCCCCAUGGAUCUGGCGGCCUUUAAGGUGCCGACGGGCGCUGCCGAUCCGGUGCAGCAGUCGGGGGAUGGAGGCGCCCGGCCUUCCAUGGACGAUGCCUUCUUCUGCUUCCUGGCCUGCCUCCCACGGGCGACCAUCCAGGGUGCUCUGGGUGCCGUUCCGGUGAAUCAGCGUUUCUUCCAGGACGUGCCUGUGGACGAUCGAGCUGAGGCGCGCGAGUUUAUCUUCACGGCGGCCAGGCUCUACAUUUUCUGUUAUGCAAUCUUUGGCAUGUUUUUUCUCAAUACCUACGGCUUUCGGAUCUUGGAGCGCGACAAGCGUUACGCACGUGCCGUGAUCGCGUCUGAGGGUGCUGAGCUCCCGCAGCGUCCCAGCACCGGAGCAUCGCCAAAUAGCCCUGCAACGUAUGAAUUUCUGAAUAGGUCGGAGACGACACAUCCGAACCCGCACCGGAAAGAAAACCUGAGGCGCUGGGGUGUUCUGGCGCUGGGGCGCGCGCGCUCCAAGUCGAAUGUGUCCUCCAUGUCUGGGAAGACUUACGAGGUGAUCCCGGAGACGCCUCGUUCGCACGUGGACGACUUGGGGCCCGGCUUGGAGUCGCGGUCCUUCUCCCACACCGCUCUUCCGGCCGCGCAACACGUGUCCGACCCGGGGCCGCAGCGGGGACGCUUCGUCACCGAGCCGGCCAUUGCUCCAGGCACUCCCAGCAGCAUGCUGAAGACUUUGUCCAUUUACCAGCGCAUGGCUCUGUACCCCUUCGACGAGCGGCCGCCCCCCGUGUGCCUGCGGCAGACCUCCCCGGCGGACAGCGACGCCGCGCCGCGGCGCCGGUCGCUGGGGCACGCUGCGAAUCUGUUGGACUCCGAUGACGAGCAGAUGAAGGUGGGGGACGUGGCAACGAAGCCUGGCAGACUGGGGAUUUCUUGGCGUAAGCCCCCAAAAUUCGAGAUGAUGAUGGUUUGA